AUGGCGUUCCAUAAGCAGUCUAUCCAGCAGGCCCUAGGCCCGCUGAUGGUCAAGCUCACUGAUCCGGACCCAGAUAUCCGCUACAUGUCCCUGAACGAUCUACUGUCUCUUAUUGAAGGCUGUAGUCCAUCCUACUUCUCACAAGACGUUUCGUCAUGCAACCGAAUGGUCCAGGGACUGCUUAAGUCUCUGGAGGAUCAGAAUGGAGAGGUACAGAAUGUAGCUCUGAAGUGUAUUGGGCCUCUGGCUACGCGUCUACCACCUGAUGUUCUCUCUCCUUUUAUCGACAAGCUUGCCCUUCUCACGAGCUCUCAAACCAUCGACACAUCUGUGCCAAACACCGCUCUUCGGAUGAUUCUCGCGGCCCUUCCAAGACCUAAUAUCAACCUUAUCAAUUCCAGAGAGGUACAGACAAGUUAUGAGGCGGUGUCUAUGGUCCUGAUUCCACGCUUGAUUGGUACACCGACGAGAGGAAAUCUGCCAACCGCGGCACCAGGAAUGAUAGUGAAUGACCCAGCAAAGGGUUUUAGCAGCGAUGCCAUCGAUGUGUUGAUCGAUGUAGUGCGGUCUUAUGGACCCAUGCUAAACGACGAAGAGUUGUUCGAGCUCCUCCAGACCGUUCUACGUGUCAUUGAGAACGAUCAUGCUGGAACGGUAGUUACCAAGCGUGCCCUGACAGCAAUCUCAAUGCUAUCAAUCCACUUGUCUGAUGCUCAAUUAAGUGGCUUCGUAUCUGGCCUUAUUGAAAGCUUCAAAUCUCCGCAUCUUACUAUCAACCGUCGCCGUCAUUUGAUCGCCGCCAUUUCUGCCAUGGCUAGAUCUACACCCGCAAAGUUUGGCCCAUAUCUAAAACCAUUAGCUCCUUUUGUGCUUUCAGCUGUUAGUGAGAAGGAGAUGAAUGAGAUGGAUGAUGACAUGUCCGACGAUGGAGAGCAUGAUCCCAAGCAGGAUGAGUUGCGUGAGACUGCACUGGUGUCCCUUGAUACCCUACUGGGAUAUUGUGGAUCCGAAAUGCAGCCAUACCUUAAUGAUUGUAUUGCGGCUGCUUUGAGAUAUCUCAAGUAUGAUCCGAACGUUGCAGAACUGGAGGAAGAUGAAGAAAUGGGUGGUACCCAGGACGAAAGCAGUGAUGAUGGAGCUACUGAAGAGCCCGAUGACGAUAAUGAUGCAUUUGAUGACUUUGAGGAAGAAGAAGGAUACAGUGACAUUGAUGAUCUGAGCUGGAAAGUUCGCAGAUGCGCUGCCAAAGUUUUAUACACCAUUGUGUCAACUCAGGGACGAAACACCAAAGCUGUCGAAGACGGCUCAAUAUAUCAGAAAAUAGCACCCGCACUUCUUUCUAGAUUCACGAAAGAAAGAGAAGAGAGUGUCAAGGUUGAGGUUAUCGCGACAAUGACUGGCUUGGUCCGAAAGACGAGUGACCUGGCUACCGGACCUAACCUGUUUUACGCUGAUCCAUUCUCUCAAGCUCGUUCAUCUCGAAAGAGAAGACGGCAAGAUAGCAAUGCUACCGUGAUUGAUCUCGAAUCGGAUUUCCCACCGCCAUCUACUUCAGAUACCCCAAUUGCCAAACCGUCAACUCCUCAGCCCGGCCCGCAGACUGACCUUGCAGAUCUCACUCCGGGUAUCGUUCAAGCGUUGACAAAAUUAUGGAAAGGCGCACCAAUACCUCUCAAACAAGGCGCUAUUCUCUUGUUAAAAGCUCUUGCUCUAGUUCGUUAUGGCGGCCUAGCAGACUAUUUACAGAGAAUUGAAGACCCUAUCGCUGACGCCUUGAAGACUUCUGGCCUCUGUGGUGGUGUAACAGUUUCUGCUGGGUCAAACUCAGUCAGUGCAGGAAACCUUCAGGUUGAGGCAUUGGGGUUAAUUGCUGCAAUUUCUGAGACUCACCCCUCAGGCUCUCUCUCUCCCUUUUUAAUUGCCCUGAUACCAGGAGUUGUCGCUUGUGUGAAUAACAGAGACUUCAAGGUAUCUAGCGAAGCACUAGGCGCAAUUGAACAGAUUGUGGUCGCUCUAACCCCCCCACGAGUCUCCGUAGAUGACCGUGAUUUGGGAUUACAGCUGGAGAAACUGUAUGAUAUCGUGGUGGAAAAGGUGACCGACAACAGCACGGACUUGGGAGUUCGGCAGCGUGGUAUUCAUGUCCUUGGAGUAAUGUUAAGUCGCACAUCUGGAUCAGAAGGGCGCAGGUUUAUUACUCUCGAGCAGAGACGAAAGGCACUUUUAGUUCUCCUCGAACGCCUAAAGAACGAGACUACGCGAGUCGCCGCUGCUCGUGCCAUAGACGAUGUUGCAUUACUUGCUCGCCAAAGCGAUGAUGUUGAGGCAUCCUGGCUUGGAUAUGUGACCCUUGAGCUCGCGGCCCAGCUCAGGAAGGUUGACCGCACCUUGCGCGACGUCUGUCUAGGAGCUCUGAAGAGUAUCGCUAUGAACUCUCAGACCAGGCAGUAUCUCGACAAACACACGACGGAAGGCCUACGCGUCGCCAUUUCGCCCCUUAUUUCUGCAGACGAUUUGCAUCUGUUGACACCUGCACUAGUUAUCUUCGCAAAACUUCUACCCCAUUACGGUCCAGAUCUUGUCAAUGACAAUAUUAUUGCUCAGCUUUGUGCCGCCGUUCAAGGCACUCUAACGGGGACGGCAUUGAAGGCAUAUAUCCUUCUCGUCCGUGUCAUUGGUGAACAGGGAGCAGGUGCAAAGCUCAUGAAAGCGUUGUUACAAACCGUCGGCGUUAAUGGAGAUUCGGCCGUUGUCGGAAAGGCAAUUGGAACUCUCCUCGUCUACAGUGGACCAAAAGUUGGCGUCACAACCGAAGAUUUCCUAACCGAGCUUAAGACAGCCCAAGACAACCAGCGCAAGUGUCUUGCUUUAGCCAUCUUGGGUGAAAUUGGCCUUAGAAUGGGAGAUAAAUCGCCCCUUGACCCUCAGCUGUUCAUUACAAACUUCAGUUCUCCGUCAGACAAAGUCCGGCUCUCUGCGGCCGUUGCCCUUGGAAAUGCGGGAGCUAGCAACGUGGACGCUUACUUACGUGUUAUUCUGGAAGGACUAGAGAAGUCUAAGUCUUAUAAAUAUCUACUGUUACACUCACUUAAAGAGAUUCUUCAACACCCUGAAGAUGUCAAGACCCAUGUUGCGCCAUUCGCAACUCGACUGUGGCAGAUACUAUUGUCAGCUUCUGACGAUGAAGACAACCGCACCGUUGGGGCUGAAUGUAUCGGGCGUCUAUCCUUGAUUGAUCCCGCAACUUACAUUCCACAGCUACAGGAAUACUUGUCCCAUCCAAAUGCUACUAUCAGGGGCACAGUUAUUUCUGCAUUCCGUUACACUCUUGCUGAUUCUAGCAGCACUUAUAACGAGACACUCCGUCCGCUCAUAGUCCCUGUUUUGGUCACAAUACUUAAUGAUAGCGACUUGGCCAACCACCGCCUGGCUCUGACAACCCUGAACUCUGCAAUUCACAACAAGACAGCUCUUGUUUUACCACAUCUUCCUCAGUUGCUACCCGCAGUUAUGGGAGACACGAAUUUGAAGCCGGAGCUUGUUCGAGAAGUACAGAUGGGCCCCUUUAAACAUAAGGUUGACGACGGCCUGGAACUUCGUAAGAGCGCAUACGAAACACUUUACACAUGCCUUGAUGUCGCAUUUUCUGCCGUCAACCUUCCCGAGGUCUACGAUAGGAUUAUUGCCGGUAUUGAAGACGAACAGGACAUCAGAACUCUUUGCACACUCAUGAUUUCCAAGUUGAUGACGCUGGCGCCGGAAGAAACUCUUGCUCGACUCGAUGCUUUCAGUAACUCAUUCCGGGUCGUAUUGUCCGUCAAACCCAAAGAAUCAGCUGUUAAACAGGAGCUGGAGAAGGCGCAGGAGGCAUCUAUUGGCGUACUGAAGGUCAGCCGGGAGUUACAGAUGGCAUUCCCUGCUGCAGAGGCGUCUAAUGACCACCACUCCUGGAAGAGCUAUGUGGAGUGGAUUUCAAAGGAUUUUAUGCAGCUUCUACGCUCCAUCGAUUAA